UAUUGAUUUUCCAACGAUAUCAGCGCGUCCUUUCGAGUCAGUUAACCGAACAAUAGUUAAUGUUUUGGAUUUGCAAACAAUAGACUCCAUUCGAUGGUGGUGAUCAGAGCAUUUGAUUCAUUGGGUGGUUUGUUUUGAUUUUCUAAUUUCAUCGAAAUCAUAUCGCUGUGAAUGAACGAGGGAAAGGAAAUAAAAACGGUAUAUCGCGUCAGUGUUUAAAAACAGAAUACCGUUUUCGUAGCAGCAGAUCUAGUGCUUUGUCGAUUUGUUGUAUAUAUUUUUUUUUAUUCUAUUCAUUUUCCCUUUGCCGCACACGCUUUCGCAUAUAAACACCGAGAUUUUUGCGACAUUUCGGUCAAUCUAAAUCAAUUAAGUAUUUUGAUUCGUGUACGUACUAAAAAAUCCCGUCAAAAAUACCAUUUUGUUGGUACCACCAGUACAUGCAAGAAAACAUUUUGAGGAGAAAAAAAUUAAACAUAAAAAACAAACUGUGAGCAGAAAACAAACAAGAAAAAAAAAAUUUCUAUUGACACCGAAGUGGAAACACGGCGAAUAUCUACUUCUUCUUUUUUGUCAGUCUGCGACAGAUAUUUUUACGAUUGUGUAAUCAUAAUAAUAACGUGUUGUGCCAAGUAAAUGAAUUUUUAACAGAUAAAUCAACAGCGACCACAACACAUCAUACGACUCCGAAGAAAAUCACAAGAAAAAAAAACUUCUGUGUAUAACCGAAACUACGAAACGAAAGUGUGUUUAUUUUGAAUUGAAAGGAAGUUAAAAGUUUUCAUUGAUAAGUAAAUACAAGUGAUUCGAUCGAGAGAAAGAACAAAAGCCAGGCAGCUAAGUGACACAUACAGCUAUCAAUAAAUUAAUUUCAAUUUCAACCCUAAGACAAACAACAACAACAACAACAAAAGAAAAGAAUCAACAAUGACACAAUCACAAAGUUCACAAAAUGCUCAACCACCACCCAGUGGGCCGCUCAAUAAUCACAGUGUCAGCUCAUCGGUGGUGCUAAAAAGUUUAUCAAUUUUGUUGGGUUUAUUCUUCGUGGUCAUCGGCUUCAUGAAAAUAUCACCUCUCAUCAGCAAAGAUUUGCAUAAAGAUUUGCGAAAGGAAUAUGUGAAAUAUUCAAAAGUGUUUCCAUUAUCCGAUCUGUUUGACAUAAAAAUCCCAUCGAAAUGGUAUCGACGUGUCGUUGGUGGCUUGGAAGUUGGAAGCGGUCUUGCGAUGGCAGCCAUUCCGAAUCACAAAGUGAAAAAUGCUGGGAAUAUAACGUUGCUGGCGUUAAUGUUCUUAUCAAUUUACAACCACUACAUGGUGAGCGAUGCCUUUGAACGAAUCGGACCGGCGUUGGUAUUCACUUUUAUGCUCACCGGCCGACUAGUUGUGUGGUAUCAGAUUAGCCGACGAGAGGCGAAAAUCAAUGCAGCAGCCCAGGCUCAAGCAAAUGGAUUAAAACAAGACUAGGCAACUCCACAAUCAAUUUGAUGAUACCGAUUUUUAACGAUAAUAAUCACAACGUGGAAUUUAUCACAUACAUAUUACAACAACCACAAAUUAAAUCGCACAACAAUUAUGGAACAAAGAAAUUUUUUUAAAAAUUGGAUUGGAUUGAUUUUGAUGAAGAGUGAAUUGAAAAGAAAUUUUUUAUUAGGAAACCAAAAAAAAAAAAAAAUAACUGGAUUGAAAUUAAGAUUUUUAAGCAAUAUUGUAUCGGCUGAAUGCAAUACGUAGAUUUUGAUACAUUUGAUCGACUUUUUUUUUCUCUCGACAAUUUACGUUCACACAAUUUACUCCACCAAAAGAAAUGCUCAAAAAUAAGAUAUUUGUAUAAAAAACCAACUAGAAUUUUCAUUUAUGUCUUACCAUCUCCAUUUGUAAUUUUUCCUUUGAAUAUUUUUCUUUCUUUUUUUUUCAUGUGCAUUUUUCAUCCAAACGAACGAUUAUUUAUUUAUUUAUUUUAUUUUUUUCGUCGAAUGUGUCCUCAUUAGAUUCAUUGAUAUAUUUUUUUUAUUUCUAGUAAAUUAUUUUACCAAUAAUAUCUAAUUAGUCUUGUCUUACGAUUAAAUUAAUUAUUUAUUUAUUUAUUUAUUUAUUUGUCAAUAUUGAUUCGAUAUUAGAACAAGCCCACAAAGAUUGAAGUUUUUGAAAUUCGUGUGUUUUUUUUCUUCUUAAAGUUGUAGAACAAGUUGAUUUUAAUGAAUUUCUCUAGAAAAAAAAACAAGUAUCUUUGUAAGUAAAUCGAUUUUAUCCAUGUUACAAAUACGAUGAGGCACGUUUAUCAAUUCGGUCAAAAGACAGAAGAGUUUUUUUUUAAACAAAGCAUUAGUAUGCUUUUUGUUCGAUUUUUUAGCCUUACCUCAUUUAUUACCCACUGAAAGUUUUCAAGAUUUUACCUUCACCAAAAGUCGACGAACAAAAGAUUUUACCUUCUCUUGCUUCAAAAAGAGAUUUAGUAUUUGAACAUUUUCACACGGCCAUGACGGCCAAUUCCACAAUCGAUUUACUGUGACUGGAUUAUUUAAAAGAACACUUGCUGAACAGAUUUAAAAAGGAAAUUAAGUAAAAUAAUAAGAUAAAUAAAGAAAAAUUUAUAGUAUUUGACACCAAUGAA